AUGGGUCAAGAUCAUGACAUCCCGCCCCUCCCUCCUCCACCAUAUUCCGCCAGGGAGGAGAAGAAGCAGUCCCAAACCUAUAACCACAGCGGUGGCAACCACUAUGCUUGUGGCACGCCUAUGCCUGACGAUACCAUCACCUUUCAAACCAUGCGUGUCGUCACUGGCACUGUGAAGCCCUUCAUGGACAUGUCUCACGGCACUCGAUACGGUGGUAUUGAGACACUAAAACAACUCAUGAACGGCUACAACGACUACGAUCCCAAAUACUAUGGUGUCUCCGAUCUAAAAAAGGAUAGCGACGAUGACAUCCCUCGACCACCAACACCACCCAUAGCCAGCAGCAAGGAAAAGGGUAGUGAGGAGGCCGAGACCAAGAACAAGUGUGUGUUCUGGAUCAAGGCACAGGCAGGGGAGCACUCCGACGCAGUCAAGAAGAUCAAGCGACUUGGUCAACAAACUUUGUGUUGGCCAUGUGUCUACAAGAACUUCAGAACCGAGGCGGAUGCCUUGUGGCAAUUCCCAGAUAAGGAUUAG